CCCCGCCGAGUAAUGGACACGUUUUCCAGCAUGCUGCACCGGAGAAAAACGCAACUGGAAAUAAAUUAAUAAAAGUUUUUCCUUCAAUUUUGCGAGAGUCUGGAAAUGAAUUUGGGACCCUUCAACUUGUGAGUUUCAGCAAAAAUGCCUAAGUUGGAAGAUCCUUUUCAUUGAAUGAUCUCCUUUUGUUCGUGGAAAUAGGAUGAUCAGGGCAUGAAAUACGGAAUUAUUAAUAUGUCAAUUCACUUUUUGGUGUAAUUAGCGUAUUCACUCUUGUAGAUAAGAUAAGUGCAUAUGCUAUUUUGGAGUCUUCAUCUAGCCAACGCACAGGAACAAUGUGUACAAUGUGUACCGGUCGCGAUCAUUCAGGCUGCUGCAGAUGGACCACUGGAGACUUGUUCAGUCAGUGAGGUGAAUUGUAGACCCAGGUUCUGACAUGAGAUGACCCCAAAACAGUGACUUUUUAGCAGUCUGUGGAGGCAUUUCCUAAAUAGAAGUUAAUUUGAGAAUGAGGAACAAGUAUGCAGUCAUCCUUAUCUGCAUUGUGGCACUUGUCAUCAUUGAAAAAGAAAACAACAUCAUUUCAAGGGUCUCAGACAAGCUGACACUCCGACGGAGCACACAGCUUCCAGUGUCCUACAAUGGUCUGAUAGUAAUGGGGGACAACAGUUCCUAUCCAGAGGGCAUUUAUUCUGAGAAUGGCACUCAGGCAGGCCGGAAGCACAUCCUCUUAAUGGCCACCACUCGUACAGGAUCUUCCUUUGUGGGCGAGUUCUUCAACCAACAUGGUGGCAACAUGUUUUACCUCUUUGAGCCACUCUGGCACGUGGAGAGGGUGCUAUCGAAUGGCAAGAGAGGCACAAAUGCUAGCACUUCUGUUUGGGUGUACAGGGAUGUCCUGCAGCAUCUCUUUUUGUGUAACUUCUCCAUGUUGGAGAACUUCAUUAAGCCUCCUCCACAGGACCACGUCACCCCUGCCCUCUUCCGCAGAGAGUCCAGUAUGGCCCUGUGCGAGGAGCAAGUCUGCAGUCCGGUCGUAAAAGACAUUUUUGAGAGGUACCGCUGCAGGACGAGGCGUUGCGGACCUCUCAAUCUGACUUUGGCGUCUGAGGUCUGCCUAGAAAAACAGCACAGGGUGAUCAAAACAGUGAGGGUCCGACAGCUAGACACACUUCGUUCUCUCGUAGAGGACCCUCGGUUGGAUAUCAAACUCAUACAGUUGGUGAGAGAUCCUCGAGCCAUCCUGGCAUCGAGGAUGGUGGCCUUUGCCGGUAAGUACCGGAACUGGAAGAGUUGGGCUGUGAAUGGGGACGUGCCUAUAGAGGACGAGGAGGUCAAACAUCUUGAAGGAAACUGUAACAACAUCCGCAUCUCCGCCGAGUUAGGCCUGAGUCAGCCUAAAUGGCUGAAAAACCGUUAUAUGCUAGUACGUUACGAGGAUAUCGCCAGGUACCCCAUGCAGAAAGCAGCAGAAAUGUACAACUUCACAGAGAUUCCGAUGACGACACAAGCACGGGACUGGAUCCUGAAGAACACGCAUGCGGCAACGGAGGCAAAUGGCGUGUAUUCCACCAAAAAAAACUCAUCAGAACAGGUGGAGAAAUGGCGGCGUAGUAUACCCUUCAAACUGGCCCAAGUUGUACAGAAAGUUUGUGGACCGACCAUGAAAUUCUUUGGGUAUAGGUUUGUAGACAGUGAACAGACACUAUUAAACAAUUCUUUUAGUUUGCUUGAAGAAAGACAUUUUAUUUAGUCGUAGAUUACAUUUCUUUGAUGCAUUCAUUUUAAAAGGGGAACCAAGCGUGAAAUGUGACAAGGUUUUCCUUUUAUACUGAAUGUGGACUAAAAGAGAUACAUGGCAGAGAUACACUGGCACACUGCUUACACUGAGGUAUACUUGUGGCUUGCGUUACCUGAGUUGUACAUGCCCUUGACUUUUGAAAAAACAGUUUGAUGAGGACAAAUCAUCCAUACUUAUAAGAUGAGACAUAAUCUGCCUGUGAAUGUGUGUGUGUAUGUAUAUAUAUGUGUGUGUGUGUGUGUGAACAGCAUUUCACAAAAAGGGAAGCAAGCAGAAAUCUUAUGUAUGUGUGGUCAGCAGAGUUAAUUUAAAUUGCUUUGUUAACAUUAAACAGCUUUGUUAACAGACAAAUUUGGCUUUGUCAACUUCAUCUCUCAUUAUUGGAUGUAAAAAAAUUCUAAAUGUAAUUGGAUAUUACCAGAUGUGAAACAUCCACUGUGUGAAGAGAGAGUCGGUAUAAAAAGCAUCUUUUGAUAGCCAGCUGUGAUCCUGAAGCACAAUAGUGACAUUGUUCGGUCUCUCUCUCUCUCUCUCUCUCUCUCUCUCUCUCUCUCUCUCUCUCUCUCUAAAAAAGUCACAGAAUAGGCCGUUGUCCAUACAGUUGACUUUUUUUGAAUAUAUAUUUAAAAAAAAUUAAAACAAAAAUAGAAUCUGAGG